UCCCUACUUUAAAGCUAACGUUAUCUGCUCUACCUCCUCCCUGUCUGGCUCCUGCUAUUCCAAGUAGCAGGCGGACUCGGGGUUUCUAUGAUUUCUAAUGAAUCAACUCUGUUGUGAAUGAUGACACCAGACAAAUGUUGAGAGAAUCAACUGAACAACUAUUUCUGUAGAUCUUUGAACCCGACGGCAGUGUAGUAAUUAGAAGGUCGAUGUUGGGAGGCUGCGGCUUAAAUGUCAUUUUGGGUCAAAAUUAGCCAGCAAAGCUUAUCUGUUGCCACGUGUGACACCCAUAUUUAAAGUCAGCGGUUGAUAACAGAUCAUCUACACAGUUGAAGACAUCAAAUCAGGUACUUGCCGGCAAGUGAGUUGGGCAGCUAACAUGGCAGCUGCUGGUAUAAUCUCCGCCAUAACGUUAGCUGUCAAGCCAGGCUCGUUCUCCAUGCGUGUUUCAAUAUAAAGUUCCUCUCCACAUACCUGUAACGAUUGACUGAUAUGGCAUCCAUGUUAAUAUUUCCCCGAUGGUAUUUGUAAGGCUAAGUGCAGAUGUAUUCAACAGGUUUUAUGGGCAUAUUUUAUAGACGUGUCAAGGUUGACUCAAAUGCUGGCUUAAAAGGCCACGAGCUGCCCAUUUCGCUACGUAUGGUGAACCAUUAUAAGCUGAUGUGUGUGUCAGAGAAAAGAACAUGACUAGUUCUAGAGCACAACACCAUGCCUAGAAAUGACUUUAUUCACUGAGGCCAAGAUGCUGCGAAAAACUUGGCUAUGAGUUGAUCGCUUCAUGUAUUGAUUUAACUGAGGUGUGUGAAGCCCGUGGACUAGUCAAAUGCAGGUGUGCUGCUGUCUAGUAAGGCAAUGCUAGGCUAACCAGCUAUCUACCUUCUUCUUGCCCUGGAUUUUUGGGAGCGCUUGUCAUUAGGUAGGUUAGGCCUUGCAUGAUCUGCUGGGUACCCCGUGCUGCUUGCAUUGGUCAAGUCUCGAGUCAAUCAGCGUGACCACAGUCCCUGAACGGGGACAGAACACACCUAAGACAGAGUGAGCGUGUAUGCGUGCCUUCAUGAUCCUCCUGAUGAGAUGAAUAAAGCUCCGCAGCCUCUAACGGGUCCCCCGCCCACUGCUCCCCCCCACCCCACCGCACCCUCCCCCGGCCUCUCACAGCCUGGUUUCCCCCCUCAGCAGCCCUCCGUUGUGUUCGCCACCCCCCCACCGAUGAACCCCGGCCAGCAACCCCCACGACAGCCCUACUACCAGGGUGGCCGGCCGUCCUUGCCAAGUGGCGCUGGUAGAGUGCAGACCCCCUCCUCCGCCCCUCGGCAAGUCCCGCCCCACCACGGGACUCACCCCGCCCAUGUCUACCAACCCAACCCCUCACAGGUGAUGAUGAUCCCCCAGCAGCCAUUCCCGAUCGCCAACUCACCAUCACCCGCCGCCUACUUCAUACCCGGACCGGGACAGUACCGCACCCCGUACUCUGUUCCGGCCCCUCAGCAGUACCAGGUGGCAGGAUCCCCCGGGUUCUACCCCGGGACCAGCCCUGGAGACUAUGCUGGUGCGUACUACCCAGCCCAGCCCCAGUUCCCGCCGCCAGUGCAGCAAGCCCCUGUGCUGAUGAACCCCGCCCCCCAGCAGCCACAAGCCCCACCCACACAGCAGCCGCAGGCUCCGCCCAAACGGGAACGCAAACAGAUUCGAAUUCGAGACCCUAACCAGGGUGGAAGAGACAUCACAGAAGAGAUCAUGUCAGGGACAGGGUUUCGAUCAGCCUCCACCCCUACUCCCCCUCAAACCAGUCCAGAAGGAGGAGCAGCCAACGGUGAGAACGCCCCACCUGCUGCUGUGGCCCCCAGAACAGAGUCCAAAGCGAAGUCUCCUCCCCCCCGGCCUGUGCUCCAAUCACAGGAGGUUCCCAUUCCUCCUGGGGAGGACCUAAUGCCUGAAGCCCCGCCCACUCCUCCCCCCACCAGCCCCAUCAGCGACACAGUGGACGCCCCUCCCCCUCCCGUCGCAUUGGCUAAGACAAAGCCGCAGGACAUGCCAGCUACCGCCCCAUUGGCUAAGGGCAAGCCUGAGGACGCAGUGGCGUCUAAGGAAGCGGUUAGCAUAGCAGCACCGCUGGAGUCCCCCAUCGUCCAACCAGAGGAGCUGACUCUCUACAACGGAGCUGCCCCCUCCGCAGCUCAUGUUAGUCCCCUGGCUGAACCAGACACCCAGGCAGAGGCCCCCACGCCCGCCGCACCCGCCCCUAAACAAGCCAAGGAGGCCACCAAGGACGUCGCUAAGGAGACCAGUAAGGAGUCACCUGCUGCUGUCGCGAAAGACGCUCCUGUUGUCAAGGACACACCUGCUCCUGUUGUCAAGGAGACAGUUGCUCCUGUUGUCAAGGAGACAGUUGCUCCUGUUGUCAAGGAGACAGUUGCUCCUGUUGUCAAGGAGACAGUUGCUCCUGUUGUCAAGGAGACAGUUGCUCCUGUUGUCAAGGAAACUCCUCCAGCUGUUGUCAAGGAAACGCCUGCUCCCGUUGCCAAGGAGAUGCCUGCCCCAGUCACCAAGGAGACACCUGCUCCUGUCGUCAAGGAGGCGCCUGCUCCUGUUGUCAAGGAAACGGCCCCUCUUGUCGUAAAGGAAGCACCUGCUGCUGUCGUCAAGGAGACGACACCAGUUGUUAAGGACACCACACCUGCAGUCGUCAAGGGCACACCUGCAGUCGUCAAGGACACGGCUGCAGUCGUCAAGGACGCCGCACCUGUCGUUAAGGAGACUCCCCCAGUUGUCGUGGAGCCUCCCCCCGCGGUGAAGGAGCUGCCUCCAGCAGUCGUCAAGGAAACGCCUGCGCCCGUUGUUACGGACACACCUGCGCCCAUUGUCAAGGAGACGCCUGCUCCAGUUGUCAAGGAAACGCAAGCUGCUGCCAAGGAAACGCUGGAGCCUGCCGCCAAGGAGCCUGCUGCCGCUACUAAAGUGCUAGCACCAGACGCGGGUUCGACCCUUGACAAGCCUGUUGCCCAGGCAACGCUUCCGGAGUCUACACCUCCCGUCGUUAAGGAGGCCCCAAAAGCGGUUAUCACGGAGACCCAGGCAGAUGUGACUGAUGGGCCCACCCCCACGCCCACCCCCGCUGAGGACAGAGAAGACACCCCCCCUACACAACCCCCGGCUCCAGAAAGCACUAUGCAAGCUGCUAUCGCUGUGCCAAAGAAGAGGAAGAAGAUAAAGGAGCUCAACAAGAAGGAGAUGGUGGGAGACCUCCUGGAUGCCUUCAAGGAGACGGUUCCCCCUCCCGAACCAGAGAAGGCCACGCCCCCGCCCCCUAAGGAGAUCGUCCAACCACCAGUGGCCCCUCCAGCCGAGGAAGUGGACGAGACGUGGGAGGAGAAGGAGGACAAGCUGGACGCAGAGAACAUCCAACCACGUCGGUCGCCCUCGGCCACGCCCAGCGACAACAGCCAAUCACAGCGCGCCUCCUCGACGGUGCCCAACGAGAACAACCAACCACAGCGCUCCUCGACUCCUUCCACACCCACCGAGCAGAAGUACCAGUACAAAGAGGAGCAAUGGAAGCCUCUGAACCCUGAGGCGAAGAAGCGCUACGACCGAGAGUUCCUACUCACCUUCCAGUUCACGGGCCCCAGCAUGAACAAGCCAGAGGGGCUGCCACCCAUCAGCGACGUGGUCCUAGACAAGGCCAAUAAGAUGCCUCUGCGCCAGCUGGACCCGGCUCGGUUGCCAGGUAUGAACAUGGGGCCGGACUUCACGCCGUCCUUCGCCAACCUGGGACGCCAGUCGUCGGGAGGCCGCGGACCGCCGUCUGCGGGAGGUCUGGGGGGCCCGCGCCGCUCGGGCCAGGGCAUGCGCAAGGAGCCGCGCAAGAUCAUCGCCAGCGUGUCGCUCGGCGAGGAUGUGCAGCUCAACAAGGCGGAGAAGGCCUGGAAACCCACUGUGAAGCGCGGCGCCGGCGCCGGCCGCGGCGCCGGCCCAGCAGCCGAGGAGGAGGCGAGCGGGGCUGAGAGCGCCGAGGACCGGCAGACGGAGGAGCUGUUCAAGCGUGUGCGCAGCGUGCUCAACAAGCUCACGCCACAGAUGUUCCAGCCGCUCAUGAAGCAGAUCACCGAGAUGACCAUCGACACGGAGGUGCGCCUCAAGGGCGUCAUCGACCUCGUCUUCGAGAAGGCCAUCUCCGAGCCCAACUUCAGCGUCGCCUACGCCAACAUGUGCCGAUGCCUCAUGGGGCUGAAAGUGCCCAUGGCGGAUAAGCCGUCAGUGACGGUGAACUUCCGCAAGCUGCUGCUGAACCGCUGUCAGAAGGAGUUCGAGAAGGACAAGGACGACGACGAGAUCUUCGAGAGGAAGCAGAAGGAGCUCGACGCCUCCGCCGUGGAGGAGGAGAAGCAGCGUCUGCGCGAGGAGCUGGAGGAGGCCAAGGACGCGGCGCGGCGCCGCUCGCUGGGCAACAUCAAAUUCAUCGGCGAGCUGUUCAAGCUCAAGAUGCUGACGGAGCCCAUCAUGCACGACUGCAUCGUCAAGCUGCUCAAGAACCACGACGAGGAGAGCCUGGAGUGCCUCUGCAGACUGCUGUCCACCAUCGGCAAGGACCUGGACUUCGAGAAGGCCAAGCCCCGCAUGGAUCAGUAUUUCACCCAGAUGGAGAAGGUGAUCAAGGAGAGGAAGACCUCAUCACGUAUCCGCUUCAUGCUGCAAGACGUCCUGGACCUCCGACGGUGCAACUGGGUGCCCAGGCGUGGUGACCAGGGUCCUAAGACUAUAAAGGAGAUCCACAAGGAGGCCGAGCUGGAGGAGGCACGAGAGCAGGUGAAGGUGCAGCAGCAGUUGAUGAACAAGAAGGAGGUGGGGGGCCCAGUGGGCCGGGGGGGCCGGGGGGGCGGACACACAGGCCACUCCGGCGGGCAGCGACCCAACAACCAGGCACCCGACGAGGGCUGGAACACCGUGCCCAUCUCCACCAAGAACCGCUCCAUCGACCCCUCACGCCUCACCAAGAUCACCAAGCAGACUGGUGCUCUGGACCUGAACACGACGCUCUUGGCCCCAGGAGGGAAGGGCAUGUGGGGCAGCUGGGGCAAAGGCAGCAGCGGAGGAACCGGAGCCAAGCCACAAGAACCUGUUCAAGACACGUCUCGUACCAGUACACUAAAUCGCUUCUCAGCGCUACAGCAGCCGUCAUCCUCAGCACCUGACAGCGACAGAAGAGCCCCACAGAGGAACAGCUCCAGUCGGGAGAGGGGCGGCGAGCGGUUCGAGCGCCUGGAUCGCGGCGGAGAGCGCUACGACCGCCGGGACGAGCGCGGAGGAGCUGACCGGGACCGCCGACGCGACGACCGGAGCAGAGAGGACCGUCGGCGGGGAGACGAGCGGAGUCGAGAGGACCGGCACCGCGGUGGCGCAGCCAUGGGCAAGGGCAGCUUCAGCCGCGAGCGCGAGCAGAGGCCGACCGAGGGCAUGCGGCGCGUAGCCAGCGGAAGCCUCCAGUCGGAACGCGGCAGCCGAGAACGCGGCAGCCGGGAACGCGGCAGCCGGGAACGCGGCAGCCGGGAACGCGCCGUCAGCAAGGACAGCGUGAAGCGGGAGACGGCCCCCACACCCCCUCCCCCUGCCAAAGCUGCUCUCAGCGAAGAGGAACUCGAGAAGAAAUCCAACGCCAUCAUCGAGGAGUACUUGCAUAUUAAUGACCUUAAGGAGGCCCUGCAGUGUGUGUCGGAGCUGCAGUGCGAUAGUGUGCUGAAUGUGUUUGUCCGCACGGGCAUCGAGGCCACUCUGGAGAGGAGCUCCAAGGCACGGGAAUCCAUGGGAGGACUACUGCACCAGCUGGUCAAGGCAGGGACACUCAGCACCACGCAGUACUACAAGGGUGUGAAUGAGAUCCUGGAGGUGGCUGAGGACAUGGAAAUAGACAUUCCCCACAUCUGGCUCUACCUGGGAGAACUCAUCACCCCCAUGCUGCAGGAGGGAGGCAUUCCCAUGGGCACACUCUUUAGGGAAGUGGCCAAACCGCUGCAGCCGAUGGGGAAAGCAGGAGUGCUGCUCGCCCAGAUACUCAGCGUGCUCAGCAAGGGCAUGAGCCACAAGAAGAUCUCGGGUCUGUGGCUGGAGGGCGGCCUCAACUGGAGGGACUUCCUGCCUGAGGAUGAGGACGUCAACAAGUUCGUCACCGAGAAGGCUGUGGAGUACACGCUGGGGGCGGGGCCGGUGAAGGAGAAGGAGGCGGGGCCUCUGAGUCCCCAGAAGCUGCGAGAGGAGCUGGAGCGCCUCCUGCAGGACAAACCAGACAACCAGCGCAUCACCGACUGGGUCGAGGCUAACCUGGACGAGAAGCAGGUGGCAUCCAACGCCUUCGUCAGAGCGCUCAUGAUCGCCGUGUGUCAAGCUGCCGUCAUCUGUGAGAAGCCGUACAAGGUGGACACGGAGCAGGUUAUCCAGAGGGCCGUGCUGCUGCAGCGCUACCUGAAGGACGAGGAGAAGGAGCUGCAGGCCCUCUACGCCCUGCAGAGCCUCAUGGUCCAGCUGGAACAGCCGCCCAAUGUCCUGCGGAUGUUCUUCGACGUUCUGUACGACGAGGACGUGGUGAAGGAGGAGGCCUUCUACAGGUGGGAGAGCAGUAAGGACGUGGCCGAGCAGGUGGGCAAGGGCGUCGCGCUCAAAUCCGUCACCGCCUUCUUCACCUGGCUCCGCGAGGCCGAGGACGAGUCGGAUAACAGCUAGAACCUGGGCCCGCCCCUCCGGCAAUAUGGACGGAUGGACGGAGGAGUGAAGCGAAGCGAGCGGAAGAAGAGAUGAGAGGAGAGGAGAGCGUUGCGGUGCCGCGGGGCUAGUUUGUGUUGAAUGUGCUUCUGAAGCUGCCUUGAGAAUACAGCAAAGUGUCUUUACUGGGAGAGCGGGAGCGACUGCCGUGAAUUCUGGGAAUAUAGACUUUUUUCUCUUCUAAUUUAGUUUUUUUUUCUUUUUUCCCUCCUCCUCUUCUUUAUCUCUAUCCCUCUCUCCUCAAUGUCCCGUUGCCAUAGGGACUCGAUUGAUUGCGUGUCCAUGGUGACCGAAGUGUGUGUGUUUGAAAGCGAUGCUGCUCAAAUCUAUUUUUCAGAAAUCGUUUGGAUGGGAUUAUCUGUGCGUGUGCGUUUGUGUGUGUGUAACAGGGAGUGCGUGUGAGCGGGAGUGUGUGUGUCUGCGUGUGUGCGUGUGUGUGACAGAUCUGUCGAGUUUCACUCUGUGCUCUUCCUGGUCCCUACGUGGGAGGAGGAGUAUGCAAAUGAGGACAGCUUUUGGGGCGCUGUGAUUGGCUCCAGCUCACUCCCUGUUGGCUGCGUGACAGGGGGUGGGUGUGGCCAACAGGACCUUGAACUCUGACCCCAGAACUCUGACCCCUGUCUGCUGAGGUGGACCCAGCUUGGCCCAGCCACGGCCCUCAUCCCUCUCUCUCUCCCCCUCCUCUGGGACGAAAGAGAGGAGAGGAGGAUGCGGGAAAAAAGGAGUGUUGUGCGGAGGAGCAUUUUCUUUUCUUCACACUUGAAAUCCUUUUUCUGAAAUACCGCUGGGCUUCACCUGAGUGUGUAUGCAUUUUAGUGUGUGUGAAGGAGAAACACACACACUCGUCUGAGAAGAGACAAGUUGCUUUUCUUCUGAAAGCGCUUAACCCCCCCUCCCCACAGUCAUUAAUCCCUAUCCUUCUCUCUUUCCCUUCCUCUCUCUCUCUCCCUCCUCCUCCCUUUCUCUCUCUCUCUCUCUCCCUCUCUUCUGCAGCCGAGGGGGUGGUACAUACACCCAAUUUAUUGAUUAAAAAAAAAAAAGAAUCACAUUUUUGUAAAUAAUUUGUUUUGUUUUGUUUUUUUUCUUUUUUGUUUUUGCUUUUCUUUUUGGAAGUAUUUAAUGAAGAGAAAUCUAAAGGCUUCUUCACACAGCUCUGAACUGGACGAGACAAUAAAUAACAUUGCAGUUAAAAAAGUAA